UCCUAAACAAACUCGGGACAAGGGGCGGGGCUUGAGCGUGUGUGGCUGCUUCGGGCUCUUUCCGGUCCUUUCUCAUCUGCCGGAAGCGCUGUGCUGCAGGGCGGGCGCUUCUCUCUCCUUGCUGUACAGAGGGAAGCCGAUGGGGGACCCCUGGGAAGCCGGGGCCGAAGUGGGCCCCGCUGGAAGAGGCGACCCGGGGGCGCCCAAGCCUGGCCCAUCACUGCUCAAGGGGGAACGAGAGAAGCCUAAGCAGGGAUCUGUGUUAUUUCUUGGAGGCAAUGAAGUGAAGAGCAGUGCUGUAGUAAAGUAUUCAUCUGCUCCACCACAAGCAGCAUUUGCCCGUCUUCAAGAAAAGACUGAUCUCAAACUUCCACCUGCUAACUGGUUACGUGAAAGUGCCAAAUUGGGGCCAGCAGGAGCAACUAUUCUCGGUAACAACAAGAAAAGCAAACCGUUUUCAAGCUUUGGCAUGGCGUAUGAUUUUAUCGACUCAAUUGGAAAUGAUGUGGAUGUUGUAUCCGAUUCUGAGAACAUCAAAAAGCUUCUCAAGAUACCUUACAGCAAAUCGCACGUCAGCAUGGCUGUUCACCGAAUUGGGAGAACGCUUUUAUUGGAUGAUCUAGAUAUCCAAGAGCUCUUCAUGCGAUCGUCACAGACUGGAGAUUGGACAUGGUUAAAAGAAUUCUACCAGCGAUUAAUAGAUCAGAAGUGGCAACGAAAGAAGAAGAGCAAAGAACACUGGUACCAGAAAGCUAUACUUUCCAAAUUUCUGUAUUACAGCAUCAAUGGCGAUGGAGCAGCUCAGCCUGUUACAACCCCUGAAGAACAGCAUCAAGAAGAAACCGCCCAAGAUGAAACUGAUGAAGCGGGAAGGGUUUCUUGGCCAGCCCCUUUUGAAAUGCCUUCCUCACUCUCUGAAGAUUCAGGUGCUUCUAAUCAGGGAAAUGUUCCUCUUGAACCCUCAUAUGUAGUGGGGCAUGUGGCCUCAGCCCCCCAAGAACAAAACCUAACUACUUUGUUCAAUGACGGGGAAAACAGUCAGGGUCUUAAAAAUGACUUUGUUCGGAACAUCUUGUGGACAUUUGAAGAUAUUCACAUGUUGGUUGGAUCAAAUAUGCCUAUAUUUGGAGGAGGAAGGUACCCUGCUGUGAGCUUGCGUCUCAGGGAUAACAAUAAGCCCAUUAAUGUGCUAACAGGCAUUGACUAUUGGUUGGACAACUUGAUCUGCAAUGUGCCAGAACUGGUGAUGUGUUUCCAUGUCAAUGGAAUUGUUCAGAAAUAUGAAAUGAUUAAGACAGAAGACAUACCCAAUUUGGAAAACUCCAAUUUCUCUACCAAAGUAAUAAAAGAUAUUGCUCAGAAUAUUCUGUCAUUUCUGAAAUCUAACUGUACCAAAGAAGGACAUACAUACUGGCUAUUUAAGGCAAGUGGAAGUGAUAUAGUAAAGCUGUAUGACCUGACCACUCUUUGUGAAGAAACAGAAGAUAAAUACCAAAACCCAUUUACAAUGCCAGUAGCAAUUCUUCUCUAUAAAGUUGCUUGUAAUAUGAUGUUGAAGAAAAACCAAAACAGGAAACAUUAUGGUACCAUCAGAACACUGCUUCUUAAUUGUGUGAAGUUAUUGGACAAGGGCAGACAUCCUCAGAUUAUAGCUUCAGCAAACUACAUGCUCUCAGAACUGUUCCAGUUUGAUGAACCUAAAAAAGAAGAGGGUGGAGAGUUCCCUUUAAAUGGUAACUCAGAUGAAAGCUACAGUGAGGAGGAGGAAGAAAUGCCUGAUAGUGAUGAAAAUGGUUCCUAUAGCACCAGUUCAGAUCCUCCUGAUGACAACAAAGCAGUUGCUGUAAUCAAAUCUGUUGGAGAACUCUCUGUGCCUGAAAAAUAUAAAUCUACUCAUCAAAUACGUCCUAGCUGUGCAUUUCCUGUUUGCCAUGACACUGAAGAACGAUGCAGACUAGUACUCAGCUAUGUUCUUGAGGGCUUAAAAUCUGUUGACAGUAGUAUUAAGAAGGAAAGUGAUCUUCCUGCAGCUGACCCCAACACCCCUAUUCCAUUAAAAUAUGAAGAUGAAUCAACAAGUGUUGGUCCAGAAUGUCUUGAGAAACAGAUGGCAUUGUUCUUAGACAAAAUGGGCUCAUUUCAGGAAGUUAAACAGUCUAGUCAAUCAGGAAUGAUACCUGGAUCCUGGCAAUACAAAAUGAAACUUCAGCUGAUUUUGAAAUCAUCAAAGGCUUAUUAUGUUCUCUCUGAUGCUGCUGUGAGUCUUCAGAAAUAUGGGAGAGCAUUACGAUACAUAAAACUAGCUUUACAGUGUCACGAUACAUAUUGCUGCCUCUGCACGAACAUGCUUUCUGAAGUACUCCUGUUUCUUUGUCAGAGUUUAACUCUUUGUGGUGACAUCCAACUAAUGUUGGCCCAGAAUGCAAACAACAGAGCUGCAUAUCUUGAAGAGUAUAACUAUCAAACAAAGGAAGAUCAGGAGAUACUGCAUAGUCUUCAUAGAGAAUCCAGUUGCCAAGUGUUUUCUUGGGCUACUGACUUGUCUACAGAUCUGGAAUGCCAGCUUUCAGUUAGCUGCAAGUGCUAUGAGGCAGCUAAUGAAAUUUUGCUUUUUAGUAACUUAAAAGAGCAGACUGCAGAGCAGUAUACACAAGUAAUGAAGAGGAUGGGCAAUAUCCGAAAUGAAAUUGGAGUAUUUUACAUGAACCAAGCUGCUGCUUUACAAAGUGAAAGAGUGGAAAAGAAAACUAUAUCUGCAGCAGAACAGCAACUGUGGAAGAAAAGUUUUUCUUGUUUUGAAAAAGGGAUUCAAAACUUUGAAUCCAUUGAUGAUACCACCAAUGCGGCUCUUCUCUUGUGUAACAUGGGAAGACUGAUGAGAAUUUGUGCUCAUGCUCAUUGUGCUGCUGUGGGAGAUUUUAAAAGAGAAUUUUCCCCUGAAGAGGCCCUUUAUUAUCAUAAGGCGAUUGACUAUUAUCUGAAGGCCUUAAGAUCACUGGGCAAAAGGGAAGUCCAUUCAGCUGUUUGGGAUUCUGUAAACUGGGAACUUUCCACUACCUAUUUUACUAUGGCAACUCUGCUGCAAGAUUAUGCUCCGUUAUCCAGAAAAGCUCAGGAACAGAUAGAAAAAGAAGUGAGUGAGUCAAUGAUGAAAUCGUUGAAAUAUUGUGAUGUUGAUACAGUGUCUGCACGGCAGCCUCUUUGCCAGUACCGGGCAGCUACAGUUCACCAUAGGCUGGCUUCCAUGUAUCACAGCUGUUUGAGAAACCAGGUAGGUGAUGAACAUCAGCGGAAGCAGCAUAGAGUAUUAGUUGAUCUUCAUUACAGUAAAGCUGUGAAGUUUUUCCAGCUCCUGAAGGAUGCACCGUGUGAGCUCCUUCGUGUACAGUUGGAAAGAGUAGCGUUUGCAGAAUUUCAGAUGGCAAGUCAGAAUAGCAAUGCUGGAAAACUAAAGACUUUAUCUGGGGCCUUGGAAAUAAUGACACAGUCUCGGCCUGUGUUUCAGCUCAUUAGAAAAGAUCUUGUUGCUGAAUGUGAACAGAGAUGUGAGAAUGACAAAAGCAAUACUGGAAAAGUACCAGCCGAAGAUUCCCCUACUAGCCUCAAUAAGGAAGAAAUAUCAAAGCUCCUUAGUAUAUUUGAGUCUCGUUUAUCUUUUCUUCUCCUUCAAUCUAUUAAGCUUCUUACAUCUUCAAAAAAGAAAGUUGGAGGAAACAACGAGGAAGAAAUUCUGAAGGCCAAUAAGUAUGUUUAUUCACUUCUCCUGCGAUCAGCAGCAAACAAAAACCUGACUCUGCUAGAAAGAACAGAAGUUGUGUUAAACUUAUUGGAACAGCUGACUCAGGACAGUGAAGGCAAUAAUCUGGGGAUCCAGUGACUUAAUUUAGUGCUGGUACACGUCACAGAAAUUGAAUCAGUGCCUUGCUCAGAAAGGGAUUAGUGAUUCUGUCCUAUAAGCUGCUUGAUUUUAUUUAUAUUGCAUAUUUAUAAGAUGGUACAGCUGGAAAAAUAGAACUUUAUCACUUUCCUAUGAAUGUUGAGUUAUGAGUUAGUAUACCUUUUUAUUUUUACACUUUUUACAGUUCAAAGUGCUAAAACAAAUGGUCAUUUAAUGAACUUUGUAGCAAGGUGGGUCUGCUCACACUUUAAUUUGUUACAAUAAAACUCCAUUGUGCUGUUCUUGUAAGCAUGUGGAAGGUAUCUGCCCAGUAGUAUUUAUUGAAACCAUCAGAGACUCUUCUUACAUAUGCAAGCAUACUUACAGCACCCACCAUAUUCCUCCAAAAAUGUGCCUUUUCUGCUUCAAUGCAACAUUUAAAAUGGACAUUACCCUAGGAAAUGGCCUCCUUUGUAUCUUAACAACAUUUCCCCCCAGAAAUAAGACUGAACAAACAGUUGUAUAUUAAAGAGAUUUUUAUUAAAAACUGUUUCCUGCAAGUCA